CUGCAGUUCAUUCAAGCAUAAGAGGAAUCCUUGACUUUUGCUCCAGUGGGCCGUGCAGAUGACUGCAGGGGAAUCUGAUAGCCAGUCCAAUCCUCUGAGCCCUUUCAUUGCUGCAUUCAGGAAAUGCUGCCACAGCUGCAGAGCAUUGAAUGCGUUAGAGAGUGCAGCUCUCUAACCUGCUCAUUAGACAAGAAUAAAUCUGCUAACUACACGCUAAUUCCAUGCCAUAGGGUCUGAAAAGGGCCCCUUUCCAAAGCAAGGCCUUCAGAAUGGAAUCCACCGUAUACAAGGACAAAGCCUUUUGGCAUGUUGCUGCCGCCUGCAUUGCGUGCUUGGUAAUAGUAAAUACAGGUAUGCUGGAUGAUGUUUCCACAGAGUUGGGCUACAGUCACUAUGCAGAAGAACCGGUCUCCUGGGUUCCAUCUUUUCUCGCAAUGCCUUGUAACUCACUUGUUAAUCUGGGAUAUAUACUGGUGGGUGGAUACUGGCACUGCCAAGACAACACGGCAAUGGGAAUGAAGGAGCAAACUAGGCAAUACCUGAAAAAUAUCUUUUCUUGGAUGGCACUGAUAUACGGCCCUGUCCAGUGGGUCAGGAUUUGGACUCAGUCCCACUACUCUGCUGUGCUGGAUCAGUGGUUUACGCUGCCUAUAUUCUCCUGGGCCUGCAUCUGGUGCAACACCCUAUUGGAAAACUGGAGCAUGUGGCAUUUCCUCGCUGUAGAACUGCUUUCUUUUACCAGUUAUUUCCUGAGCCUUCUACACCCCCUAGGCUUCGAAGUUGCUCUCACCAUCCAUAUCCUAUGGGCCCUUGUGUCUGGGCUGAGAGCACAAAGCAGAUAUGGAGAUGCCUUGUCUAUAAAGUAUUUAACACUUGCUUUGACUUCAUGCCUUGGCUUUGUAGGCCUGAAACUCCUUGAUCAUUGGCUGGCACAGUAUUUUGUAUUUCAGAGGUUUACAGGUCACUUCUGGUCCAAAGUAUUUGAUAUUUUACAGUUCCAUUUUGCAUUCUGCUUCCUGACUCAUUUGAGCCAGAAACAACAUUUUAGGAGAAAUAAAUGAAGACACGACAGGCUGCCAGUUCUUCUCUUUUCUUUAGGUUUGGAUUAUAAAAGAUCUUAAGAACAGUGUUAAUGUAACAGUGACCUAUGGAUACCUUCAAGUGAUAAAGGAUCCAUGUUGAUCCAAAACAUGUUGUGAUUAAUAAAGUAUUUUGCAGCAGAA